UGUAGGCGGAGCUCCCCGAGAGCAGCAUGGCCGGCUCGGUGCUGGCUGCCAGCCUGGAGGCCGUGCUGGGAGACCGCGGUAACGCCAACCGUGUCUUCGAGAUCCUGGAGCUGCUGGCGGCCAAGGAGGAGCAGGACGUGCUGAGCGCAUCCCGGACGUGCCGCCGGCUGUUCGCUGCGCUGCUGCGGAGGGGAGAGCUGUGGGUCGGCGAUCUGCCUGCACAGGAGGAUGCACUGAGCGGUGACUUCAGCGCCGCUCCUUUCCCAAGCAGGGAACUACAGCGCCGCUACAAUGACUGCGUGGAGAGCAUGAACGAGCUGCUGGGACAUGAGUCCUUCCAGGUUAAGGAAUCGGGGCUCUGCACCCUGAUGAAGUUCGUGGAGCUGGAGGCGGAAUGCCCGCUGGUGGCAGAGAAGUGGAAGGGCAGCUUCGCUUUUCCUCGUCAUCUCCUGAAGGUGGUUGUUAAUGGCUUAAUUCCCAUCCACGAGGAUGCUUCCCUGCUCAUCUCUCGCUUCCAAGAAUACAUGGAGUACGACGACGUUCGGUACUUCGUGAUGAAGGCGGUCACUGAGAGCAUUGGGCACGUGAUGCAGAAGAUAAAGGAGAAGCCGCUGCCGUUUUACCAGCAGAACGUAUUUUCCCUCAUUUCCCCCAUUAACAUGCCAAACAAGGAGCGUGACAUGGUCAAGUUUAUGGUGAAGCAAGAUGACCAGGAGGAAUGGAAGGUGUCGAGGCUGCAGGCACACAGGCAGGCGUUUGAAAGGAUGUGGCUCACUUUUCUGAAGCACCAGCUUCCCAGUGGCCUUUACAAAAAAGUUCUUGUUAUUCUGCAUGACUCCAUCCUGCCUCACAUGAACGAGCCCACUCUCAUGAUCGACUUCUUGACAGCGGCCUAUGGAGUAGGUGGAGCAAUUAGUCUUCUAGCCUUAAAUGGAUUAUUUAUUCUGAUUCAUCAGCAUAAUCUGGAAUACCCUGACUUUUACAAAAAGCUCUACAGCCUCCUGGACCCUUCCAUUUACCACGUGAAGUACCGAGCCCGCUUCUUCCAUUUGGCUGAUCUGUUUUUGUCUUCAUCUCACUUGCCAGCGUACCUGGUGGCAGCAUUCAUAAAGCGCCUGUCCCGGCUGGCCCUCACUGCUCCUCCCGAGGCUCUGCUCAUGGUCAUUCCUUUCAUCUGUAAUCUCUUUCGGAGGCACCCGGCCUGCAAAGUGCUGAUGCACAGACCUAAUGGACCACAAGAUUUGUCAGAAGAUCCGUAUAUUAUGGAGCAGGAGGAGCCAUCUGAGAGCAGGGCUUUGGAGAGCUCGCUCUGGGAGCUUCAGUCUCUACAAAACCAUUAUUACCCAGAUGUGGCCCAGGCAGCUGCUAUCCUCAAUCAGUCGCUGUCUGAAAUAGAGGAUGACAUAUCAGGGCUCUUGGAGCUCUCAGCUUCUGAGCUUUUUGAUAAAGAAAUAAAGAAAACAUCUGCUAAAGUGCCGCUGGAGUUCGUGCAAGCGCGAGGUUUGUUUGGGAAGAAAAACGAUAUCCUUGCAGAGCACUUUGCUUUAGAUUGAUGCCAUCUCUUAAAAACACAUCUGCACAGCUGACGGACCUUCAGGACCUGCACCAAACUCACAUGUUUUGCUGGACAAUUCUGCCUUUGAAAUAUCUCUUUAAGAGGUGAAAACUGGACUGCCUUCUGAAGGAGCAGCCCUCUUCAGGGACCUUUUCCAGUAUCCACAUACAGACUUUUUUUCUUUGUGAAUGAUGUUUUGGAGGGGUUUUCCCUCACAGUAUUGUUUUCUGGAUUUGUUCACUGUUGGGAUCUUGGCCCUUCUUUCCAAAGCUGCUGGUGCUGGCUGAGAUCAAUGACUGCACCGACAGACCGCCCUGCUGCCAUUCAGAGGGUCUGAGGGGUUGGGUGGUAUUGAUUCUGUGUUUCAGAUGUGUUCAUUUCCUAUAGCAACCAUUGUGUAGUGAGUGACCUCAGUGCAUAACUGUAAACAUCAUUCUUAAUUCAAAAUACUCAUGAGCUUUGGAAAUGAGCAUAAUGGUGGUGAGUGCGUAGGGCGGCCAACUGAUGUGCACUGGAAAGUAGUUUAAUCCUUGAUUUUUUUGCUUCAGAAUGAUAAGCAGCUUAAUGUAAUUUUGCUCACAAACUGCAGGCGUUGCAGAAGCUGUGGCCGGUGUGUAUGCAGGCGCUAGUUAAGUUUUAACUACCCCACUGAUAUUGGAAUGGCUUUGUUAAUUUGGAUUUCUCAUACGGUUUCAGAGGUCCUGCAGAAAUUCCUUCUGAUAGUGUUUUCCACAUUGUUAAGUGCUGUGCCUUGGCCUGAAGUGAACUCCUUGUUAAGAAUGCAGAUCAACUCACUCAGGAUUCUAUUUUCUAAUUAUUUUCACUGACUUUCUCUGCAUCUUUUUUGUUUGGCUGAAAUUACUGAUGGACAAUGCCAUUCGUAUCUUCCACAGUAGUGAUGUUAUGGGGGUGUUGGGGUUCUUUUUUAAUACAUGAUAUUGAAAAUGAGGGAGUUUUCUUGGGUUCGUGUAUCUGGAAGAAGGGUUAAGCUCUUUCUCAGAGGAGUUCACAGCUGAAACCCUGGCUGGCCUUUACAUAAUUCCAAAGGCUUCAUCCCCAGUCUCUGAUGCUGCACAUCCCCAAGCAAUGUCCUUAAACUUUCCCUUUAGAAGAGAGAGCUGUAACCCUGUGCCUGUCCUUGGGAAAACAUUCCACCUGGUCCUUCAACAAGCUUUUAUCUUUAAACUUUCACCCUCUUCCCCUCAAUAGGAGGCAUUGGGAUAAAAAAAAAUCAGCAGUUAUAAAUAUUGAAAGUUUCAUCUGCACAGAGUGAACAACCCUUAUCAGGCUGCACACCCGCUGCUGCUGUGCUCUACAGGUCUCCACGGACUGCAGAUUAUAGAUGCUUUAAUCAUAGCGUGUAUUAACUGGAAGGCCAGACUGAAGUACCAGGCAGAGAGCGCGUAAGUCACUCCUGUUAUUAUUUGAUUGUUAUCAGAUGUAGGGAGGGAGACGGAGCUGUUGUGUUUUGUUUUUUGUUGCUGUUAUUUCAGUGAGCAGAAAGGGUUGUUUUAUCUAAACAUUGACGUAGGCUGCCUCCCUGGCCUGGCACUGCCUUAUUCCCCCACCAGAGGACAGUGAUAAGGUCUCCAGUUCGCAGCAGGCUGCCCUUGGUUUGCUUCUCCGAGCUUUCAUUCAUUUAAAAGCCAUUUAAAGUCAUUCUAGCCCAAAGGUAGAAGGUAAUGCAGCUCGUCAAGAGCAUGGUGAGAUUUAUCGUGUGAGUUUAAGGUCCAGGUGACCGUGGUGUUAGCGUUAAUCAGCUUAGAUUUUUACUUUUAAGAUACUCGUUGAUGGAUGGAGGGAAGUGACUGUAAACAGAUGGAAAAGUGCAAAUGCAGCUGGCGAUUGGUGCAGACCUGGUCUGAAUACAGGGCUGUCUACUCAGGGCAGUCAGUGCUCACUCCUGUCCUCUUCCAGCACAGGGGGACAUAGGAAGGCUUGGCUGUAGGCUGGCAGUGGCCUCCUAAGAAAUUAGGUCUGCCUGUGAAGUAGUAUUUCACACCACGCAUUUGGACAUCCCUGGUGGGUAUUUGGAAGUGUCCUCUUAGCCAAAUGGGAGCCCUCCUCUGCUCCAUGGACCUCUGGAUGGGUUGGAGGGUUAGGGGCUGCUGCAGUGUACAGGGGCUGGACCGUGAGCUGACAAACUGCUUUAGCUUCAAGAGGGCUGGACCCCCAGGCUCACAAGUACUCAGAAAGAAACCCUCUCAAUCAGCGUGCUGCUGUUGACAGUGCACUUAGGGAGGAUGCGAGUGUCAACUCCAUCCCAGCAGAGGUAAACCCUGCAGGAUCCCUGCCCUGCUGUGUCCCCGUUCUGUUGAUAAACGAACAGAGAAACCCUUAUCAAAAUGAACAGACUGCAGUCCUGCUAAUGUAGCUCCACUUGUGCUGGAGAUAAUUGAUGCUUUAAUAACGCUACACAUUAUCCAGAUUGUGGCUGGAGUGCAUAUGUGAGGAGAGGCAUCAAUCACAGGUAGUUGUAUUUAACUUUUAUCAAACGUUUAGGUGGGUGGCAAGGUGUGAUCUGUGCUACUCUUGGGGAAGGAGCGUUGGGCUCUGAGAUAGCAAGUGAAUGAAUCAUCACCUGCCUUCUGCCUCUAUCAGUUUCCUGCAGGUUGGGAGAGUGAGGAUUUACAUUUCAGUUACUGCAGCAGGACACAGGAGUUGCCAUGUGCUGCUGUGCUGGAAACAGACUUGAUGAUGAAAACUGCAGCUUCCACACGGAAGGCCUUUGGUCUCAUGAUCUUGAAGUGAUGAGGAGCCAGGUCUCUACCUGUUGAUGCAGUACGUGACCCACCUGGGCUUGUGGGCAGGCCAUGGGAUGACUGCUGGUUAUGCACCAUGGAGCCGCAUGGACUGGCUUCCAUUAGCUGUGUUUGGCUGGAUCCAAGGGCUGCCGUACGCUGAUCUUGUGUUUGAUGUAUUAAUGAUAUCUGACAUUUCCAUAGGGUGGCUCCAAGCCUCACUGAAGCCAACAGGAGCUGGAGUGGAUCUGCAGACAGAUCCCCUGCUGCUGCAUCCUCUCCCAGAGCCCCGUGUCCUGCACUUGGUGCAUCACUUGUGAGGCAGUUUGAGAACUGCUGCUCUCCUGUGGAGCUUUUCCUUGUUAAGACGGUUCCUGAAGCAUCCUGCCUGGCUAAAAUGCUUCCCCUGGCCUGUGUCUGGCUGAAGGCUUGGUUUCUCAAAGAUAUUUAGUAAAUGAGCUCCUGUGUUCUUUGUGGAGCUAAGUAUAAAUAUUGAUGAGAGCUUUCAUUCUCUCGCAGCGUACCCGCAGACUUACGCCUUGAUUUUUAAGUAAAACUCUUUAUUUCAAGCUUUUGAAAUAAAUUUCAUGGUUUUGUACAGCAGGGAUCAUUUUUGCCAGCAAAAAUCCUCUCCAAUUUCUGUGCCCAAGAGUGGGAGGCUGCAGCUCCAGGUCCUCCUUCUUGGGGGUGCUGCUGUCAUUAGUAAGUUAUGCCUGAGGCCGUGGCCCUGGCAGCCUGUUACUGGUGUAACCUGCAGGGAGCAAGAUGUGUUGGGGGAAGAGGAUGAGCUGAAUCUCAGCCACCAGUAGGAGCUAUGUCUUUAUCCCUCAUAGAACGCCUCAUAAAUGCUCUCUCGAUGGUUUCCACUGAGUACAGCAAAACAGAACACGUAGCUGGAUUCCAUUUCUGCUUUAGGUGUUUCUAACAUUAUUCAUCAUCGCUGUAUCUAAAUACGAUCUUCCUUUGUUUUAUCACUGUUUGGAGCGCCGUUAUCAAAGUGAGAUUGAAAUAACCGCAUAAUAAAAUCACAGAUUAAGCUGAAA